AUGUUCAGAAACAACUACGACAACGACUCCGUCACCUUCUCUCCCCAAGGCCGCAUCUUCCAAGUCGAAUACGCACAAGAAGCCGUCAAGCAAGGUUCCGUCGUCGUUGGCAUCGUCAGCAAGACACACGCAGUCCUCGCAGCACUCAAGCGCAACGCAGAAGAGCUCUCCUCCUACCAACGCAAAAUCAUCCCAAUCGACACGCAUUAUGGCAUUGCCCUCGCCGGUCUCGCUUCCGACGCCCGAGUGCUCUCAAACUUCAUGAAGCAGCAAUCGCUGUCCUCCCGCCUCACAUACGACCGCCCCAUCCUCCUUUCCGAAAUCACCUCCCGCAUCGGUGACCGCGCUCAGACAAACACCCAGUCAUACGGCAAGCGACCUUACGGCGUCGGCCUCCUCAUUGCCGGUGUCGACGCCAAGGGCCCACAUCUCUUCGAGUUCCAGCCGUCAGGUGUCACGCAAGAGAUGGUCGCAUGUGGAAUUGGUGCAAGAUCGCAGAUGGCGCGGACAUACUUGGAGCGGAAUCUGGACAGCUUCGAGGACAGCAGCCGGGAGGAGCUCAUCAAGCACGCAUUACGGGCGCUGAAGGAUAGUUUGAGCCAGGACAAGGAGUUGACCGUUGACAACACGAGUCUCGGCGUGAGUGGUGUGGACGAGCCGUUCAAGCUGUACGAGGGCCAGGAGAUUUCGAGCUGGUUGGAGACGACGUUUGAGAACAGACCUGAGGGUCAGGAAGGUGGGGACAGCAUGGCGGUGGAUUCAUGA